AUGAAUCUUGGGUUGUUCGAUAAUCCGGAGGAUACGAGCUGGCUGUUCGGGCUGCUGAGCCGUAGUCAAAGCUUUGUGCAGUCGUCCGACAGCUACCCGAGCCCCAGGGCUGGCUCCCUGCAGCGCCGACAUUCCGCAUAUCAGCCGGAUGCCGAUGAGAAUGUGGAGCCCCUCCUGGAAUGCGAUCGGGUGCUAGCCGAACGUUACGACGGCGUCGACAUUGCUUUUGAGAAAACGAAAAGCUGGGGAAGAUACUGCAAAGAACUAACAAACUAUGUGAAAUCGCGGUUGGCCAUCGAGCUCGAGCACGCCAAGCGCACCUCACAGCUGGCCGAGCAGACCCGGAUGGGCAUGCAAGAGGAAUUUCUGCCUAUGAAAGAGCUCUUCACCGACUCGUUCGACCUCGAAAAUGAGCAUUUUCUCAAAACCCGGGAGACCCAGGAGCACUUGGGAGACCGAUUUGUUAAGUCCCUCGAAUCGCGGCGCCUUGAAGCGGAAACGACACGAAGAGCCCUGAAAAAUGAGUGGCUAAAAACGGUGAAAGCAAUGACCGAUGCCGAAAAUGAGCUCCGCAAAGCCCAGCAAAACUUCACGGCCCGCGAGGAUUUAUUUAAAAAGGCCCGAGAGAACUCAAUUCGAGUGUCGGGCGACUAUCCGCCGGGAUCGUCUACCACGGAUUCGAUGCGGAAACUGGACAAGAAGCGCAUCCGGGAGGAAGACGCGCUUUUCAAGCGUGAGGAAGCCCUGCACCAAGUGAAGGCCCUCGAGACGGAGGUGAGGAGGAGGCGCAAGUCUGUGGAUAGGUGCAAGGAGAAGACGAUCGAAGCACUGCGCGAGUUGGUGCUACAGUGCGAUCAGACGACGAAGGCCUGUACGCAGCAUUACUUCAAGGCGCUGUCGGCUCUGUGGGUGGGCGUGCCGGCUCGCUACCAGGGGCUGGCGGAUGCAUCUAGAGACUACCAGCCUGGCCGCGAGUACAUGGCCUUCCUGCAGAAUCUCCCAACGCAACCCAAUCGAGCCGGAUCACAGCAUUCGUUGUUGAGAAGCGACAAAUCCGUCGACGACCUGUCGUCCCAAGGCGAAAGCUCCUCGGUGACGGCGUCGCGACGGAACGCCCUCAAUCCGGAUGACACCUGCGCCCUUCCGGAUACCCGACGACAUAAGAAGACGAGCUCAGCAGGCCGCUUCUUCGAGACGGCUGAACUCUCGGAGGCUGCUGCCAGCCACGAAUGGUCUCGAUCUCCACGACCGGCCAAAUGUAGCCACUGCGACACCUUGUCAAUCCUAUUUACGCUGACGUGUACUCGAUGCGGGCUCAAUUGGCAUAAGAAUUGUUUCCCGAAAGUAACCCUCGCCUGUGGCCAAGGCUCUCGCUCUCCCACGGAGCGGCGGGUGUCCAUGUUUGGUGUCAGCUUGCAGAAGCAGUUGGAAGAGCAGCACCGUGAGAUUCCCCUAAUCCUGGCAGAUGUCGUUGACGAGAUUCAGAGACGGGGGAUCCAGAUGAAGGGUCUGUACCGACUCUGCGGAGCUAAAUCAAAGAUUGAGGAGAUAUGCGAGUUGUUUGAAAGACAUACCGGCGAUUCCCAUAUCCCCCUCGACGAUGCUCACCCCGUCAAUUUGACGAGCGUCGUCAAGUGGUAUCUGCGCAAGUUGCCCGAGCCGCUGAUGACGUUCGAGCUGCACCCAACUUGGAUACGAUUCGGACAGAAAUUCUCCUCCGGCACCGUUGACGAGUCGCAAAUUGCCGACCUUGCCGCCGCCAUUGCCCAACUACCAAAGGCCAACUACGAGACGCUCCGAUUCUUGACGUUACAUUUGAACAGGGUAUCCUGGUUUUCCUCGAGCAACUUGAUGACGCCAUCCAAUCUUUCUACCGUAAUCUCUCCAUCGCUGUGCUGGCCGCAGUAUUGUAAGAUGAAGAGCCAGAGCCCGACCCAAGCCAACUCGGCGAUCCAAGAAGCCCAGUAUGCCUCCAAGGCCAUUGAAAUCCUAAUCGCCAAUGCACAUUCUAUCUUUAACGUGGAUCGUCCAAAGGACCGAGCGGAAUUUUUCAUGAAAUACCCACAGGAAGAGCCGAGCCUUGCCGAAGAUGUGGUUGGGGAUGAGGAGGAGGAAAAGAAGAACUGCGCCCCACCCAGCGAGUGUGGGAGCGAGGAGAGCGCCGUCGAGUUGUUCCCCGCCCGAGAAUCUGGCAGCAGAGACCAAAAGGGAGAGCAGUACACGACAUGCAUAAUCGUUGCCUCGUCUGCUCCACCUACUCCUCAUCCAUCGCAGCAGAGGCCGGUUCCGGUCCGGAAAAAUGUGUCAGUAGGGUUGGAGAGGAGCAACUAUGCCUGCGGUGAGGUGCAGCUCAACCUCUCCGAGGGCCAAUAUUUUGUGCCGGAGAACGGGCUUCAAAACACGGCGGAGCACAGCCCGGCGGGGAAGAGCACCAACUCUGUCUUCGACUAUGGUAACAGCUCGGGCUACAGUACCUCUGAAUGCUCGCGAGAGUCCGAGUCGCGCUCCUCCUCGCAGCGCGGGAGCAAGAAGUCCACGGAGCUGUUCCCGAAGGACAAGGGCGUCAGCUACGUC